AUCAAAGGCAGGAGCGAGGAACGUGAGAUCUGAGCAGAGAAACCGCAUCACUGCACGUAGACACAGCUGCUUCCUUUCUGUUACACAGUCGCCUGACAAGCAUUGUACUUCGCAGCCGGAGAGCUUGUCCACACACGAUCCUUCUACAGCUUCGGAGCAGCACAUCGGACCUCUCUCCCGCCCACACCAUCUCGCACCCACCUCGACCGCUACAGACCGCGGUACCAGUUACACAACAACACAAACACCUCAAUAAUGUCCACCCAACCACUCCUCCAGACAGCUCCAGGCAAACGCAUCGCCCUCCCCACCCGCCUCGAACCCAAAGUCUUCUUCGCCAACGAACGUACCUUCCUCUCAUGGCUGAACUUCAGCGUAAUCCUCGGCGGCCUGGCCAUGGGUCUCCUCAAUUUCGGUGACCGAAUUGGCCAAAUCAGUGCAAUCCUCUUCGUGCUCGUCGCCCUGGCGGCCAUGGCCUAUGCACUCGUUACAUUCCACUGGCGAGCAAAGAGUAUUCGCAUGCGAGGGAGUGGAGGCUUUGACGAUCGCUUUGGACCAACAGUUCUGGCGGUGGCAUUGCUGGGAGCUGUUGUGGUAAAUUUUGUGUUGAGGUUUACGGGGGCAUGAGAGGCCGAGGAAGAGUUGAGUGGAAGAUUCGGAUUUACGAGAGAGGUGCUUUUGAAGCGGAAGAGGAGACGUGGAAAAGCUUUGCGAAAGCAUAUAGGAGUUAAGGAAGCCGAAACUGUGGAUGUCUAUGCAGACCGAGCUCGUCACAUGGAGCUGGACGAAACUGCGAAAAUCGUGGAGAUGCCGUGGUUCACGAGGACAUGAUGGCAAUGUACACAUAGUAUACGUUUCAGUAGUUGGAUUUGAAGAUUCGCACGCUACCGGAGCGAUGCCCGACGAACAUCGCAUGCUUACCCUACACAUCCGGUCCGAGAGAAGUCACAUAGAGCGUCAGAUAUAGGCAG